AUGGCUUCUUCAGCCUCUCCCCAACCCGCAACAACGCCAUCUCAAUCUUAUUCCAAAUUUGACGAGAUUCGAUGGGUGAUUCAGAUCCGCCGAGCCCUCGAAGAAGAGCCGGAGGAUGAUGAUGAUGCUGACGCCGAAGCCCCAGUAAGCAUCUUCAAUGUCCCCAAAGCCCUUCUGGCGAGUGACCCAGAUUCUUAUACUCCACAAGAAGUUGCUCUUGGGCCUUUCCACUGUUUGCGCCAAGAGCUCUAUAAGAUGGAGAGAUACAAGCUAGCGGCAGCAAAAACCACCCAAAAGCAACUCCAAUGCCUCAAAUUCCAGAAUCUGGUUGACCAAUUGAUAAAGCACGAGCCAAGGAUCCGUGCAUGCUACCACAAGUACUUGGAUUUCAACAGCGAAACGUUGGCGUGGAUGAUGGCCGUCGACGCGUCGUUCCUGCUCAAGUUCCUUGGAAUCUACGCCAUCGAAGAAGGCAAAGUGCUGAGAAAAGUUUCCUCCAGGAUGUCACACUUGGUCGACAGCGGCGGAGCCAAGUCGGCGCAUAACGCAAUUCUCAGAGACAUGAUAAUGCUGGAGAAUCAAAUUCCUUUGUUUGUGUUGAGGAAGGUGUUGGAGUUGCAAUUCUCGUCGCAGGAGUCUGCCGACGGCGUGUUGCUUGCCAUGUUAAUGGGGUUAUGCAAAGAGCUUUCGCCUUUGAAGCUGGCGGAAGAUGUGUCGAAGAAUAUUCAAGUGUCAAAGGCUGCCCACUUGCUUGACUUUUUGUACGACAUGAUCGUGCCCAAAAUGGAAGAACCAUCGUCACCGGCAAUAGUAAUCGAAAUUGAGGGCGUGGAUGAUCGUAAUGAAGGCAUGGAAGGGGAGAAGAAAUCUUCUGCAGAUUCCAGUUACGUGAAACAAUUCCUCGAUGAGGUUUGGAAGCUGCUUUCAAAAUUAAACCGCGGCCCAAAAUUUCUUUUUAAGAAGGUGUUGGUAUCUGGACCAAUAAAACUCCUGGUAAAAUUGCCAUGGACAAUCCUCUCCAAGCUUCCCGGGUUCUCACUCUUAAAACAACCUGUGGAGUAUUUUGUUUCCUCGCAAGAUAAAGAAGAAGCCAAGUCGGAAAACGAGGCUUCAACUUCAAACAAACCACCGCUGGUGGAGGAAAUCGCAAUCCCUUCUGUGUCUGAGCUCACAAGAGCCGGCUUCCUUUUCACACCCACAAACGGCGGCGUCUCAACCGUUUCUUUCGACGCCAAGACACUCACAGUUUACCUCCCCACAGUGAGUUUAGACAUCAACACGGAGGUGGUUUUGAGAAACUUGGUAGCAUAUGAAGCUUCAAACGCAUCGGGGCCGUUGGUUUUUACGCGGUACACAGAAUUGAUGAACGGGAUUAUCGACACGGAGGAGGAUGUGAAAGCGCUUAGAGAAAGAGGGAUCAUUUUGAACCGUUUGAAGAGCGAUGGAGAGGUGGCGAGCCUGUGGAAUGGGAUGAGCAAGUCUAUCAGAUUGACGAAAGUGCCAUUUUUAGACAAGGUGAUUGAAGAUGUGAACAAGUAUCACGGUUACAAAUGGAAGGUUAAAGUGGGAAAAAUCUUAAAGAUUUACGUGUUUGGUUCUUGGCAGUUUCUCACAUUUCUUGCUGCAAUUUUUUUCCUGCUCUUGAUGACAAUGCAAUCGUUUUGCUCGGUUUACAGCUGCAGUCGCUUUCUUCAUAUCAACCCCACAACACUCACUAAUUCUUAG